ACGUAGUCACGUGAUGCGCUCCAACAUGGCGGCGCCGUGGGGCCGCGGCGUCGCUUCCUGACUGGGCGGUGCGGACGGACGCGGCUGGUGCCGUCCUGGACGCCGGGCCCGCUGCCUCGCUCGCCCGCCCGCCCGCUUGCGCCGCUCGCCCGCGGGGCUGCCAGCCCCCGCCGGGCCGGGGCCAUGCAGGAGAGCCAGACCAAGAGCAUGUUCGUGUCUCGGGCCCUGGAGAAGAUUCUAGCCGACAAGGAGGUGAAGCGGCCCCAGCACUCUCAGCUGCGCAGGGCCUGCCAGGUGGCGCUCGAUGAAAUUAAAGCAGAAAUAGAAAAGCAGAGGCUUGGUGCUGCCGCACCACCAAAGGCAAACUUCAUUGAAGCCGACAAAUAUUUCCUUCCAUUCGAGCUAGCUUGCCAGUCCAAGUCCCCGCGGGUGGUCAGCACAUCCCUCGACUGCUUGCAGAAACUCAUCGCAUAUGGGCACAUCACCGGCAACGCCCCCGACAGUGGAGCCCCCGGGAAGCGGCUGAUUGACAGGAUCGUUGAAACCAUUUGCAAUUGUUUUCAGGGCCCUCAGACCGAUGAAGGAGUUCAGUUACAGAUAAUUAAGGCUCUUCUGACUGCCGUGACGUCCCCGCACAUUGAAAUCCACGAGGGCACCGUCCUGCAGACAGUCAGGACAUGUUAUAAUAUCUACUUGGCCAGCAAAAAUCUCAUCAAUCAAACCACUGCCAAGGCCACCCUUACACAGAUGCUGAACGUCAUUUUCACCCGCAUGGAAAACCAGGUGUUGCAGGAGGCCAGAGAAUUGGAAAAACCAGUCCAUUCAAAACCCCAGUCCCCUGUGAUCCAAGCCGCAGCGGUGUCCCCAAAGUUCAGUCGUUUGAAGCAAAGCCAGGCACAAAGCAAACCAACAACUCCUGAAAAGACAGAGUUAACCAAUGGCGAACAUGCCAGGAGUGGUUCUGAAAAAGUGUGUGUGGAGAACGGAGAUGCGCUCAGAGAGAGAGGCCCGUCGCUCUCAGGGACUGAAGAUGGAGCCCAGGAGGUGGUGAAGGAGAUCUUAGAAGAUGUGGUCACGUCGGCCGUGAAAGAAGCAGCACAAAAGCACGGUCUGACAGAGCCCGAGAGGGUCCUGGGUGAGCUGGAGUGCCAGGAGCGUGCCGUCCCCCCAGCAGCCGACGAAAACCCACAGACCAACGGGGUAGCGGACGACAGGCAGUCCUUGUCAUCAGCAGAUAAUCUGGAAUCGGAUGCCCAAGGACAUCCAGUGGCUGCGAGGUUCUCUCACAUUCUGCAGAAGGAUGCCUUCCUGGUGUUUCGCUCCCUUUGCAAGCUGUCCAUGAAACCCCUUGGUGAAGGCCCUCCAGAUCCAAAGUCCCACGAGCUUCGUUCCAAGGUGGUGUCCCUGCAGCUGCUCCUCUCCGUGUUGCAGAACGCCGGCCCCGUCUUCAGGACCCACGAGAUGUUCAUCAACGCAAUCAAGCAAUAUCUCUGUGUCGCGUUGUCCAAAAACGGUGUCUCGUCAGUGCCUGAUGUCUUUGAGCUCUCUCUUGCCAUUUUUCUUACUCUUCUUUCAAACUUUAAAAUGCACCUGAAGAUGCAGAUAGAGGUCUUUUUCAAAGAGAUUUUCCUGAACAUUUUAGAAACAUCAACAAGUUCUUUUGAGCACAGGUGGAUGGUCAUUCAGACUCUGACAAGGAUCUGUGCAGAUGCCCAGUGUGUUGUAGACAUUUAUGUCAACUACGACUGUGAUUUAAAUGCUGCUAACAUUUUUGAGCGCCUCGUAAAUGAUUUAUCCAAAAUCGCUCAGGGAAGAAGUGGACACGAGCUGGGGAUGACACCUCUGCAGGAGCUCAGUCUGAGGAAGAAAGGCUUGGAGUGCCUCGUGUCCAUUCUCAAGUGCAUGGUAGAGUGGAGCAAAGACUUGUAUGUGAAUCCCAACCACCAGACCAGCCUCGGUCAGGAGAGGCCCACGGAUCAGGAAAUGGGGGACGGGAAAGGCCUUGACCUGGCGAGACGGAGCAGUGUGACGUCCAUGGAGUCCACGGUGUCCUCGGGGACCCAGACAGCCGUCCAGGAUGACCCGGAGCAGUUUGAGGUCAUCAAGCAACAAAAGGAGAUGAUUGAACAUGGCAUCGAGCUGUUCAACAAGAAACCCAAGAGAGGGAUCCAGUAUCUUCAGGAGCAGGGCAUGCUGGGUACGUCAGUUGAAGACAUUGCCCAAUUCCUGCACCAGGAGGAUCGCCUCGAUUCCACCCAAGUGGGUGAUUUUCUGGGAGAAAGCAUGAAGUUCAACAAGGAGGUGAUGUAUGCCUAUGUGGACCAACUUGACUUCUGUGACAAGGAGUUUGUCUCAGCCCUGCGGACGUUUCUGGAAGGUUUCCGCCUACCUGGGGAAGCCCAGAAGAUUGAUCGGUUAAUGGAGAAGUUUGCUGCAAGAUACAUAGAGUGCAACCAGGGGCAAACCCUGUUUGCUAGCGCCGACACCGCCUAUGUCCUAGCGUAUUCCAUUAUCAUGCUAACUACAGACUUGCACAGCCCUCAGGUAAAAAAUAAAAUGACAAAAGAGCAAUAUAUUAAAAUGAAUCGGGGUAUCAAUGACAGUAAAGAUCUGCCUGAAGAAUAUCUCUCAAGCAUCUAUGAAGAGAUAGAAGGCAAGAAAAUUGCAAUGAAAGAAACAAAAGAACACACGAUUGCAACCAAAUCUACUAAGCAGAGUGUGGCUAGUGAAAAGCAGCGGCGGCUACUGUACAAUUUGGAGAUGGAGCAAAUGGCUAAAACAGCCAAAGCUCUGAUGGAGGCUGUGAGCCACGCCAAAGCCCCGUUUACGAGUGCCACUCACUUGGACCACGUCCGGCCAAUGUUCAAACUGGUGUGGACACCGCUGCUGGCAGCUUACAGCAUCGGGCUGCAGAACUGUGACGACACUGAAGUGGCCUCCCUGUGUUUGGAAGGCAUCCGAUGUGCAAUCCGGAUCGCCUGCAUAUUUGGAAUGCAGCUGGAACGAGAUGCCUACGUUCAGGCCCUCGCGCGCUUCUCCCUGCUGACCGCCAGCUCCAGCAUCACAGAAAUGAAGCAGAAGAACAUCGACACCAUAAAGACGCUCAUCACGGUGGCUCACACCGACGGCAACUACCUUGGGAACUCCUGGCAUGAGAUCUUGAAAUGCAUCAGCCAGCUGGAGCUCGCUCAGCUGAUAGGAACCGGAGUGAAGACCCGAUACCUGUCUGGGUCCGGGCGGGAGAGAGAAGGCAGCCUGAAGGGCCACACGUUGGCGGGAGAAGAGUUCAUGGGCCUUGGCCUCGGCAAUUUGGUGAGUGGAGGAGUGGAUAAAAGACAGAUGGCCAGCUUCCAGGAAUCCGUUGGUGAGACCAGCUCACAGAGUGUGGUUGUAGCUGUAGACAGAAUCUUUACUGGAUCUACCAGACUGGAUGGAAAUGCAAUAGUUGACUUUGUCCGCUGGCUGUGUGCCGUGUCCAUGGAUGAGCUGGCUUCCCCCCACCACCCCCGCAUGUUCAGCUUGCAGAAGAUUGUGGAAAUAUCGUACUACAACAUGAAUCGGAUCCGACUGCAGUGGUCCCGGAUAUGGCAUGUGAUUGGAGAUCACUUCAAUAAGGUUGGCUGUAACCCCAAUGAGGAUGUGGCUAUCUUCGCUGUUGACUCAUUAAGGCAACUAUCCAUGAAAUUUCUUGAGAAGGGAGAAUUAGCCAACUUCCGUUUCCAGAAAGAUUUUCUGAGGCCCUUUGAGCAUAUCAUGAAGAAAAACAGGUCUCCCACCAUCCGGGACAUGGUGAUCCGCUGCAUCGCCCAGAUGGUGAACUCCCAGGCUGCCAACAUCCGCUCGGGCUGGAAGAACAUCUUCGCUGUGUUCCACCAGGCAGCCUCGGACCAUGAUGGGAACAUCGUGGAGCUCGCCUUCCAGACCACAGGUCACAUCGUCACAACUAUUUUCCAGCACCAUUUCCCUGCUGCCAUCGAUUCCUUUCAAGAUGCUGUCAAGUGCUUGUCGGAGUUUGCCUGCAAUGCUGCCUUCCCUGACACCAGCAUGGAAGCCAUCCGGCUCAUCCGCUUCUGUGGGAAAUACGUCUCCGAGAGGCCUCGGGUCCUGCAAGAAUACACAAGUGACGACAUGAAUGUGGCUCCUGGUGACAGGGUCUGGGUCCGAGGCUGGUUCCCCAUCCUCUUUGAGCUCUCCUGCAUCAUUAAUAGAUGCAAGCUGGAUGUCCGGACAAGGGGACUCACGGUCAUGUUCGAGAUCAUGAAGAGCUACGGCCACACCUUUGAAAAGCACUGGUGGCAAGACCUGUUCAGAAUCGUGUUCAGGAUUUUUGACAAUAUGAAACUCCCUGAGCAACAGUCAGAGAAAUCUGAGUGGAUGACAACGACUUGCAAUCAUGCACUUUAUGCUGUUUGUGACGUAUUUACCCAGUUCUACGAAGCUCUGAAUGAAGUUCUUCUCUCUGAUAUAUUUGCACAGUUGCAGUGGUGUGUAAAACAAGAUAAUGAGCAGUUGGCUCGAUCAGGUACAAAUUGCUUAGAAAAUUUAGUAAUAUCCAAUGGAGAGAAGUUCAGUCCUGCCGUCUGGGAUGAAACAUGCAAUUGUAUGUUGGAUAUUUUCAAAACAACCAUCCCACACAUUUUGCUGACAUGGAGACCUAUAGGAAUGGAGGAAGAUUCAUCAGAAAAACAUCUGGAUGUGGAUCUGGACCGCCAGUCUUUAAGCAGCAUAGAUAAAAAUGCCUCUGAGAGAGGCCAGAGCCAACUCUCUAAUCCAACCGAUGACAGCUGGAAAGCUAGACCAUAUGCAAAUCAGAAACUGUUUGCCAGCCUCCUCAUCAAGUGUGUGGUCCAGUUGGAAUUGAUACAGACCAUUGACAACAUCGUGUUCUACCCUGCAACGAGCAAAAAGGAAGAUGCCGAGCACCUGGUUGCUGCCCAGCAAGACACGCUGGAUGCGGAUAUCCACAUAGAGACAGAGGACCAGGGCAUGUAUAAGUGCAUGUCUUCCCAGCACCUCUUCAAGCUGUUGGACUGCUUGCAGGAGUCCCAUUCAUUCUCAAAGGCCUUCAAUUCCAACUAUGAGCAGCGGACCGUCCUGUGGCGAGCAGGUUUUAAGGGCAAGUCUAAACCCAAUCUUCUAAAACAAGAAACCAGCAGCCUGGCCUGUUGUUUGAGGAUCCUCUUUCGAAUGUAUGUCGAUGAAAACCGCAGGGAUUCCUGGGAGGAAAUACAGCAGCGACUUUUAACUGUAUGCAGUGAGGCUCUUGCUUAUUUCAUCACCGUGAAUUCCGAAAGCCAUCGGGAGGCCUGGACCAGUCUCCUGCUGUUACUUCUAACGAAAACCCUCAAAAUAAAUGAUGAAAAGUUCAAAGCACAUGCUUCAAUGUACUACCCCUACUUGUGUGAAAUUAUGCAGUUUGACCUGAUUCCUGAGCUCCGAGCGGUUCUGCGGAAGUUCUUCCUGAGGAUAGGUGUUGUGUAUAAGAUCUGGAUUCCAGAAGAGCCAUCACAAGUACCAGGGACCCUGUCACCAAUCUGGUAGCGCUGGCCCCUGCGGGCCACGGCUGCAGCUCUGCAGAACUGUCACCCUGCCACAUCUGUCUGGCACACCCCGAGAAGGGUCAGACUAUAGAAAGUCGGCAUCUUGGAGCUCAGGCUGGCCUGGAUAAAAAUGGUUCCAUCCAAGUUCCUGACUGAGGCGUUGUGGUAUUUUGUUAAAGUGUUGCGUACCCAGUUAUCACAGUGGGUGAGGAGUCCGUCUCAUUUCUGUCAUUCCAUUUUACCAACUGAACUGUCAAUUUCUGUCAUUGCACACGCUGUCAUUUUCAAGCAAAGUCCCACGAUUGGCCGUACGUAAAUGUUCUGUCAGAGGAGGUCACUCUCCUUGAAAAUACUGAACUUAGCUGUGUAGGUUCGUGAUUAUUAGCAAGUAUGUUAAUAAAAUCUCUUGUAAGGGCUAAGUGCCACCUAAAAUAUGCUGGGUGUUUUUGUUGUUUUGAGUGUGCUGCAGAAGUUUGAGUGUUUUUGUCAGUUGUGAGUCAGCUAUAGUUAUUAUUAGUUUGGGGAAAAGUAGGGAAAAGAGGGUUGAUUUUUCGUUGGUUUUUUUUUUUUUUGGUUGAUGUCUGUGAUUUUUUAACAGCAUUUUACAAAAAAAUAUCUUACUGAGGGUUUGAUUGAAAGCAGUGUUUUGUGAUUAAGUUAGACUUAAGAGCUUGCAAGGUUUUAAAAAAAAAAAAUGUAGCGCCUCCUGGCUCUCCCUGUUUUAGUAACAUGGGGAGAAAAGUCUGUAGGAAAAAGGAAACAAUUGAAUGAAGAUGAUUAUUAGUGUUCUUUGAAGUAUUUGUGGAGGGGUAUUAAAUUAAAAUUUCCAGAAUACAUUGUCCAUCUAAUAUAUGAAGUAGUAACAAAAAUGACAUUGUAAUUUAAGAGAAUUAAUUUGUUUGAGUAAACCUUUUAUUUUUACCUCAGAAGAGUGAGUGUACCAAUUGUUAGUAUGCUUGCUCAGCACAGUCCCCAUGGGACAGAGAUGGGGACCGUGCUUGAGAAGAGUGGCUCCUGUGAACCUUCCCAGCUACAUGUCACCAGUUGAACCUGAGUGGACCUGUGCUUUCAUGGGGCCAGCACAGCUGACCGUGGCCCUGGCGGGAGGUGGCAUGUGUUCAGUGUUUCCGUUAGUUUGAGCCUAGGAGCCGAGUUCUUUGGAAGGAUUAGAUUCUGGGGUCCUUAUUAUGUUAAUGAUGGUGCAAUACUCUUACUGCAGUAGAACCGAAUUCUGGUGCAGCUUAUGAAAAAGCGGGCAGCCCACGCCUAUGGCCCAAAGCCUGCAAGCAGUAUAUUUGGGAGCUUAAUUUUUUCUGAGUCAUUGAGAAAGAACACACACUUCAUCUCUGCCCGCUCAUCCACAGCUCCCUCCCGAGAGCAGCACUCAGCAUUAGAAGCGUUACAGUUACUAAAACAUUCAGACUGCUACCUACGCCCUGUAGUCCUGCAAAUUGGGUUGUAUUGAUGUCAACUCUGGUGCCUUAGAAGUUAGUAAAGUUGGGAAACUAUCGAAAAAAAAUCGAAUCUUUUUUCUUUAUAGAGAAGGAUUUCUGGUGCUUUUGUUUACUAAGAGACCGAUUUCUUAACAUUUUUUGUGCUGUAACAGCCUUGAGAAAUGUUUGGUUUUGGCCAGCAGUACUCUGUCACUUUUUUCUUUCCCCAAAUGUGUUUUAAUUUCUCUACCAAAGAAAUAAAGAGCAGGUUUAGGUUUUUACAUUAUUUACGUACAUGAGAGAAGAGAGGCUGUGGAAUUAGCUGGAAGGGACCCUGGGGGAGUGUCCUACUGUGAAUGGAGAAUGCUAGGAUGUUGGCCAUCCUGGUCCUGGAAUCCCUUACCUCUUCGCUCCGCAGCAUGAAGCCUGCCUUCUGAGCCUGACUUGCUGGUAGCUGGUACUGUGGUUCCUCACAGCCUCAGCACGUCAGUCGUCUCUGUUGAUGCUGGCAUUGAAGAUACAAAUGGGGAGCAUGCAGGUUGGUUCAUACAUUUUCUGUACAGCUGCAUCCUUAGGGGGAGAUUUUUUUCCUUCCCUUCUGCGAUGCUCAUGUGACUGGAAGACUUGGCCUGUGUGUUCCAGCCUUCUCUUUCAUUUUUGCCUCCUCUCGCGGAGCAGGAAAUAUGUAAGCACACUUUGUGACUUGCUAAAAUCUUGAGGUUUGAAUUUCUUUUCAGCUGUGUUUUUGAAAAGAUGUGGGUUUUGGAAUGAGGCGUUUUUUGAAAUGUACCAGCGUGGAUCUUUGGAAAACUGGGUGUAAAACCAUUUAGGGUAAGUUUUCUUAUUGGUGAUCCGUGACAUACAGAGGAAAUCCUUUACCUCCGGUAAUAAGCCAUUCAGCCUAAAUUCUAUUCUGUGAAUACAUCUAUCUUAGCUCAUGGUAAAUGUGGCUUGUCCCGCCCAAACCCUAGUGAAAGGGGUGUGUGUAAAUCCACGGCACCAGGCCAGGCGCCGUUCAUUAACACGGUUACGGAGAAGAGCAAAGCGUUUCCAAGGUCUUAUUUCUUUCUCAGAAUGCUUUAAGUGUUGAUUACAUACGCUGGGUCUCUAGAGAAGUUUUUAUUUGUUACAACACUGCUGCUUUGAGCAAUUCUGUUUUUCCUCAUUGUCCUUUAGGGAGAUCACCAGCUUUGGCAUCUUAACAACAAACGGUGGACGGGGGAUUUUAUUCCUAAUAUGCAUCUUUAGAAUCAAGUACACCUCUUCCCUGUUAUUCCUUAUAACCAAAGAACAUACCUUAUGGAAAUUGUAUCAUAAUAUCUGGAAACAACAUUUUCCUCUGAGAGGUGACUUUUGUACAAAAUGCAAAAAAAAAAAAAAAAAUCCUCACCUUUCCUGCUUUUUUGUUGAUUAUGGCUGUACAUGUAGUGGUCUUUACAGUCCUUAAAGGAACCUACUGACAAAUGCAAGUGUGAUCAUCUCGUUCAAACGUUUGUUGUUACGAUGCGCAUGGAUAUGAGUUUAAACAGAAGCUGGAUCCAUCAUCCUGCAUUUUCUGAAUUCUGUUUCAGUAUUUGUGUUGAAGUAGACCUAGUUUGAACUCAUGCGAAAUCCCGAAGUUUUGCUGUCAGCAGCUUUGCAGUUGGGGAAACAAAGAAACCAAAGCUGAAUAUUUAAAAGAAUGACUGGAUGGAAAUCCUUGCUCUCAAAAAAAGACACUCAUCAAAGUGUAGUUUUUCUCAGUGUUCUAAUUUUUUUAAAUGUUCGUCUGCAUAUUUGCAUCAGCUAUUUCUUUAUGUGCAAAAUGUAUGUUUCACCUUAAAAAUGCCUACAAGUUAGUCAGUAGCUACUUUUGUUUAAUCUAUACAUGAUGAUUAAGUGCAUUUAAUAUUGGUAAUUUAAUGAAAAGCAUUCCUUGCCCAAUGGAUGUAUACAUUUUUGAAAGAAUAAGCAGAAUUAUAUAAUAUGAAAUGCUAUGUAAAGUUUUCUAUGUAAAAAUAUUAUGUAUAAUACUGUUAAAAUAAAUAUCCCAUGCUUUAAUCAGGUGUUAAAUCAAUAAAGUUUUAAAAAGUAAA